AUGUCAUUACUACCCGCUGUUAUGUUCACCAUAUUUCAAAACCAAUAUAACCACAUCGCAUACCUACAGACAACUCACGAAACAGAGUACGAUUACGUGAUCGUCGGUGCGGGAAGUGCGGGCUCAGUGAUGGCCGCUCGGCUUUCUGAAGACCCAAAUGUGACAGUUCUAUUGCUGGAGGCCGGGGGUCCGGAAACUACCCUUUCAGACAUCCCAAUAAAUUGGAUUAACCUAUUGAAUGGACCGAUGGACUGGUCAUUUCGCACAUUACCCCAGACUCGUGCCUAUCAGGGUAUGACAGGUGAGCAGGGUGUGUGGCGAGGGGGCAAAGCUAUGGGUGGGUCGUCAACCAUAAACGCCAUGACUUAUAUUCGAGGCAACCCCAGGGACUACGAUCUGUGGGCGGCGGCCGGUGCGUUGGGCUGGUCGUGGCCCGAAGUGUUUCCCUAUUUUAUCAAGUCCGAAGACAAUCGGGACCCCGAAAUGGUGGCCAGCGGGUAUCAUGGUAGGGGCGGUCCUCUAACGGUGACAACUCCGCCAAUGAUACACCAGGCCUUUCUUAGCGCCGGUGCCGCACUAGGAUACCCACCCGGUGACCCGAACGGCCCACAACAGUCCCGGUUUGCUUUACCACAAACAACUAUUAGAGAUGGCCAACGAUUGUCCGCAGCCAAGGCCUAUCUCGAGCCUCUGGCGGGCCGUAAGAAUUUACACGUGCUGACUAAAUCAUAUGUGACCAGGGUGUUGUUUGAUGGUGAUAAACGCGCAGUGGGUGUGGAGUUUGAUCGCAUGUCUCAUAAUUAUACAACGAAGGCCAGGAAGGAAGUGAUUGUGUCAGCCGGUGCUGUCAAUUCGCCAAAAAUACUCAUGUUAUCAGGUGAUAAUGAGCAUAAUCACCUGAAAUCGCUGGGAAUACCAGUACUGUCGGACCGCCCGGUGGGCGACAAUUUCCAGGACCACUACAGCACACGUAUGCCGUUUACGGUGAACGAGUCAAUUGGCAUAUAUAUGCUCCGGGAAGCCACACCCGGUCACAUACUCGAGUAUUUUGCCAACAAAAAUAAUUCACUAACAACCAACUAUAUUGUAGCUACAGCGUUUUUAUCUACAAAACAUGCGCUGCCCGGUGAUGAUUACCCCGAUGUACAGAUUAAUAUGUUCCCAGUAUACAAGCCAUACGUCGGUCGGCACACAUUUACAGUCGCGCCCAACGUAUUGCGCCCUCGAAGUCGGGGUUGGAUACGACUGGCCUCCCGGGACCCCCACAGUCCACCUUUAAUCGAGCCCAACAUAUUCGCCGACCCACACGAUCUGGACGUAUUGGUAGAGGGCAUGAAACUAGCUCUAAAAGUAGCUAGCUCACCCACACUACAGCGUUACCAUGUCCAACCAUUUACUACCGUAUUUCCCGGUUGCGAACACACCCUCCCCCUCUACUCGGAUCAGUACCUAAGAUGUAUGGCCAGUAUGUAUACGACAGCGGACUUGCACCCGGCGGGCACGUGCCGUAUGGGUUUGCCCAGUGAUCCACGAGCUGUCACAGACUCGACCGGUCGGGUGUUGGGAGUUAAGGGGCUGAGGGUUGUCGACGCGUCUAUUAUGCCGUCCGUAGUGUCGGGCAAUACAAACGCGCCAACGAUUAUGAUGGCCGAGAAGUGUGCCGACCAUAUCCGGGGCCGCAGAUUAAAGCCCUUUAGACCUCCAAUGACACCCGAUAUGAUCCUGAGGUUACCUGAUUUGCCCUACGAGGACUGGGAUGCAAGUUUUGGUUUUUUGUUCCUCUCACUGCCGCCCCUCCACGAGAACUCCUUGAGUGGUGAGUCAGUCGAGCCGAGCCAGUCGUCGGUUGUGCCGCAACCGGACUGCAGGUAUCGCAGGAAAAAGUUCAGCAUAAAGGAAGUGGGGCUCAACCUGUUUCAGGCGUAUUGUAUUGUAUAUUUGGUGAGAUAUUUCAACAAUGACCCCAACACUAGCCAGUGGUGGGCGCAGUGGGCAGCCGUGGGUAUUGUGUUGGCAGCCAUUGGAAUCAUGUUUAUUGUAAAUUUGAAUCAAUUUUAUAAAAUUCAAGUGGGUGUCAGGAUCCGGACCGCCUGUUGCGCUCUUAUCUACCGCAAGUUUGCAGUAAUUUCGCGAACAUUGUUUACGGCGCCACUGCAGGCGGCGAUUGUGUUAUACCUGUUGUGGCCAUACCUUCGGUGGGCGUGUUUUGCCGGUAUGACAGUAAUGGUGCUGUUUAUACCAUUUCAGGCACUGAUGUGUCGUUUGUUUAGUAAUAUACGCCAAAAGACGGCCAAAUUAACGGACAGUCGAAUCCGUUUAAUGCGAGAGAUUAUUACAGGAAUGCGUGUCAUAAAGAUGUACGCCUGGGAACAGCCCUUCGCACUAUUGGUCGCAACCGCUCGCAAGAUGUUGUCGGCGGAGACAGCCUUCGCCAUUAUUGCUUACUUUGAUGCCAUGCGUAUUACUAUUGGGACGAAUGCACCCCGGGCCGUUGCUGCUCUGGGUGAAAUAAUUCCAGUAAUCAAACGUAUGCAGGAUUUUCUAUUACUUGAAGAGAUGAGUGGUUUAGAUGAGAGGGAAGGGAAAGACAACGAGGCGUUCAUUUCGGGGGAAAAUGAAAUAAUUCUCGGAGUAAUGGAAAACACUUCGAGUAAUGAAGAAAAAGGCGUUUUUAUGGACAAAAUGAGCGUUCGUUGGAAUAAUGAGACGACUGAACCCACGCUUCGGGACAUUAGUUUGAGUGUAAAACCCGGACAACUGUUGGGUGUCGUCGGAGCCGUUGGCAGUGGAAAGAGCUCAUUAUUAAUGGCAAUUCUGAACGAGAUAUCGCUAGUGUCGGGUCGAGUGGUAGUGAGGGGUCGGGUGUCGUACGCGCCGCAGGAGUCGUGGGCUUUCAUA